CAUUAAUAUGCGACUGCAGAGUAGGACUGCCGAGUAAGAUGUGAAGAGCAAAACCUGGGGAAAAGGCGCUGCAUGGUACAUGUAUAUGUAUCUUCGUAUUGGAUGUUGUGGGUUGGAGGAUCAGCGGGAGUGGUCAUAUGGACGAUGUACCUCGGGCUGGUAUAUACUAGCACAUGUAUGGACGAUAUAGGUACAUCUGUGCAGUUGGCAGGGGACUACACUGGGCAUGAUGCCGACGGUGAUGCUGGUUCACAUAUUCAUAUUGAAGGGGUAAAUUUGGAAGCCUCGUCCAAGAAGGCGAGUGCAGAAACCAGAGCAAGAAUCAAGGACAACACUCGGACCGCAUGGACGUAUCUAGAAAUCCAAAUCAACUAGUCAUAUCCUCAAUCAAACCUACAAUAUAAACCAUGCAAGUCC